AUGCCAACAUACACCGGAUCAUGUUACUGUCGCGCAAUUCUGUAUGAGCUGGAACUGGCAUCUCCUGAUGAUGCGCGGACCUCUCUUUGCCACUGUGCCAACUGCAAGAAAGCAUUUGGGACGAACUACGGUCUCACAGCGAAAGUCCCCAAGGACUCCUUCCGCCUCAAGUCGGGAGCCCCAAAGGAGCACGUAUCAGAUAACGGCUCGGGCACCUCGAUCUAUCGCGAGUUUUGUGAUACCUGCGGAAGUUUUAUCUUGGAAUAUGGGGAACAAGCCAAAGAGCACUUCCGAUACAUCUGCGUAGGCUCUCUAGAUGACCCGGAAGCUUUGCCCCCUAAAGGGGAGUUCUUCUGCAAGAGCCGAGCGUCAUGGAUGCCGGAGAUCCCGAAUGUUUUCCACAAAGAAGAGGUCAAAAAUUGA